AUGCCAGCUCCGGGAUCCUCCGAUCUGGGCUUACCUUUGCUGCUGCAAGGUGUCUCCCAUAUCGGCUUCGUGCUGCUUGCACUGAGCUGUGUGGAUUCAGGAUGUGCCCGGCUUGAUUUGCCGCUUUUUCUGCAUGCUGAUCUCUCUGGCACCUUGCUGCUUUCCUAUGGCAAGACUGUCCUAAGCGUGUCGCAUCCCGAUUCAUCCAUCCCGGUCCUGGAAGCCAUGGAGAUGGGCCUCCUCCUGUUAUCGCUUGGUGACAAGCUGCCCGUUUUCGGCGAAGGUGACCUGGACUACUCGGUGUUCGCCAGAAGCCUUGCUCACUGCGGCUUCAUGCCUUCAACUCUUGACUUCAUCAGGUUUGGACUUCCGAUGUCCGCCCGCUCUUAUGCGCGGCUAUCGGAUCGCAUGUCCGUGGCUUCCUCCGCCUACCUGGGCUUCACCGUGUUGGUCAUUUCUGCAUGCUCCCUGGGAUCCUCGCCUUCCUUGAGGGGCGCCGCCCACGCGGGUUCGCGUCCACCUGCCUUGAGCUUUGCAGAGAUGGGCUCCCCGCUGUCCCUGCAGCAGCCUUCACGCGCUGAGGUGCUUAUGGACUUCUCGGCACCGGUGCGGUACAUGUCUCGGGCAGGACUCAAGACGUCU